GUUGGCCUUGGCGUUCCAUGUUCUCCUUUGUCAGGCGUAUGUAGCCACGGAUAACAUAGCAAGGGGAAUCAGUGCCAUAAGUCAGCUAUAUAAGGCCAAAGUAGAUGAUAUGUCCAUAUGCCGACACGUACACUUGUCCCUGAGGCCCACACCACGAAAGUCGCGGCUCCACUUGCAAGAUCAGACUACUCGUCACGACACUGACGCAUGCUCGCCAAAACGGGACGCAGCACUUGAGCGCCAAAGCACCGCGUUUGAGCCCCUGAAAGAAACAGCAAUGUACGGCAAUUUUCGUUCGGGGAUAUCAGAGCGCGUGGGGUCCAAGGACGUGGAAAUUCGAUUGCCGGAGUCAUUCAGUCCGCUCGAGCGAGUGGCACUGUCCGCGGAGGGCGACUUGCAACGUAUUAUCAGCUCCUACCACAAUUCGGCCGUCACAGUCCGCAUCAAACGCUGUCUGGAAAUCGAGCCAGGGGUAUUCGACCGGGAGGUGGACCUGUCGGUCAUGGGUCACGUCUUCUGUACGGCUACGAGCAGCCUCAGCGCCAGGACGCCGGAGUGCGCACAUCUGCUGCGGGAGAAGAGCGUUGGCCUUGGUCAGC